GAACUGAGCUCCCUCUGUGUAAAUGCGAGCCAGCCGGGGAGAGAGAAUGACCGAGUGAGCGUGUGUGUGUGUGCGUGAGAGAGAGUUGCUGCAUCUCUGCGUGUGUGAGAGUGAGGUAGUUGCAGUGUGCGCGUGUGUGUGUGUGUGUGUGUGAGUCGCACUCUCACAGAGGAGCUAAGCCAGCCAGUGCAGUUUUAUAGAGUGAACAAGCAUUCUCUCCUCCUUUUGUUUUGGACUACACCGACUCAAAAGCCUGCAGUUUGGACUAUCAAACGGUCCAUCACUCUUUCUAUACUGACCUGGCUUCACCUGUGACCGUGUGCACAGAGGACUUAGCCCUUUGGUGUGAGGGGGGACUUGGAUGACUUCGGCAGAUGAGGUCUUGGCCGGUGGAGUGUUGGGCCAAGGGGACCACCAUAGCUCCCCCCAAAUAAAAGACGGGCGUGGUGACGAAGCCCUUACUCGUCCAGUCAUCAUGUGCACCCGGGUGCUCCCGGCCCGCCCCAACCCAGAGCCUGGGUGCCACCUAUUUCCAGAAGAGGAGGCAGGGCUGGCGGAGGGCAGAGAGCGGGCCGAGUCGGGCGGGGACAGCGCUGUGGAGGGCGCCACCCCGGGGUCAGACGGCUCCGACGGGGGGAGGAACAGUGGGGAACAGGAUAACGGACUUGGGGGGCUGUUCUUACCCGGAGACAAGCGCGGUCAGCUUAACCCGUCGGUGACCUCUGACCUGUCAACACGUUCCUCGGCCUCUCUGAAUGAGGAGCAGUUUGAGGACUAUGGAGAGGGAGAGGAUGCAGAUUACACUCCCGGUAGCCCCUCCCCCGACGACGAGAUGCGCACCAAUGGCUACUCUGACCUGGGUUCAUCGGUACCCUCCAGUGCUGGACAGACACCCAGGAAGACGCGGCAACUGUGUAACGAGGAGAUGAUGGACGUCUACUGCUCCCAGUGCUGUAAGAAGGUCAACCUGCUCAAUGACCUGGAGGUCAGGCUGAAGAACCUCAAAACCAACAGCCCCAAUAGGAAGAUCUCCAGCACAGCUUUUGGCAGGCAACUCCUCCACACCAGUAACUUCAGCAGCAGCAACGGCAGCACCGAGGACCUGUUCAGGGACAGCAUCGACUCCUGUGACGUGGACAUCACCGAGAAGGUGAGCUACCUAGAAAAGAAGGUUGCAGAGUUUGAAAAUGACACUCUGAUGAACGGAGAUCUAAAGUCCAAGCUGAAACAGGAGAAUACACAGCUGGUUCACAGGGUCCACGAGUUGGAGGAGCAACUGAAGGACCAGGAGGCACGGGCCGAGCAGAAUCUGGAAGAGGAGCAGAGACGACACCGCGAGGCCUACAACAAGAUGGAGAGGGACAAGAGCACGGAGAUAGAACUGCUGCACAACCGGGUCCAACAGCUUGAAGAGGAGAACGGGGAGUUGUCGGUGAACAUGAGCAGACUCAAGUCUCAGACGGAGAAACUGGACGAGGAGAAGCAGCGGAUGACAGACAAGCUGGAGGACACCAGUCUGAGGCUGAAGGAUGAGAUGGAUCUGUACCGGAAGAUGAUGGACAAACUGAGACACAACAGACACGAGUUUCAGAAGGAGAGGGAGGCCAUGCAGGAGCUGAUCGAGGACCUACGCCGGGAGCUGGAGCACCUGCAGCUGUUCAAGCUGGAAACCGAGAAGCCCGGCCGCGGCCGGAGCUCCACCUCCAGCCUGACCGAGUUCAAUGCCAAGACCAGGGAGGUGGAGCUGGAGCACGAGGUCAAAAGACUCAAACAGCCAUUCGUUUCCCAGGAUUUUCCACUGACCUCUGACCUCCAGCACCUCGUAGUGUCUGCUGGGGCACGCCUCCGUCACGGUCAGACGGAGAAUCAGAAGCUGAGGGAACAGAACGACGACCUGAACGGUCAGAUCCUCAGUCUCAGUCUGUACGAAGCUAAAAACCUGUUCGCCACCCAGACCAAGGCCCAGUCGCUGGCCGCCGAGAUAGACAACGCCUCGCGAGACGAUUUGAUGGAAGCCCUCAAGGAACAGGAGGAGAUCAACUUCCGUCUGCGGCAGUACAUGGACAAGAUCAUUCUGUCCAUCCUGGACCACAACCCCUCAAUCCUGGAGAUCAAGACCAACUAGAGUCCCACCACUAACCCCCGCCACCCCACCCCC